AUGCUUGGUUGUUGUAAUACAUGGCGAGAUAAUUUGCUUCAUUCCGACCCAUUCUCAGUGUGGUAUGCAUAAGAAACUGAAAAAGUGCAAUUACGUCACAACCAGUCUUCCGCUGACCAAUAUCACUGCAGAAAUAGUUCUGCAAACAAAAAGCAACCGAAGGUUGGUAGGAACUGAUCCGUCACGUCCGUUUUUCCUGCUUAAAAAUAUAUCUGGCGGCCGCAUGGCUUAUUAUUCGACUAUGAGUUAAACCAAGGCAGAGGAUUGUGACUAGAGGCCACAGUUAGCGUAGAAAAUGGUUUCGUACGUGGCGUCGCGACUUAUCAUGCUCGUGUUUGGAACUCUCUAUCCAGCGUAUUAUUCAUAUAAAGCUAUCAAGACAAAGAAUGUCCGCGAAUAUGUCAGAUGGAUGAUGUAUUGGAUAGUAUUUGCUCUCUUUAUCACACUAGAACUCUUUGCUGAUCUUCUACUUGGAUUUUGGUUCCCCUUCUAUUAUGAAAUUAAGAUACUAUUCAUGCUUUGGCUUUUGUUACCUGCAACAAAGGGAUCCAGCAUUCUGUAUCGUAAAUUUGUGCAUCCAUGGUUAUCUCGCAAUGAAAAUGACAUUGACAGUUACAUUUCACAGCUGAAAGAGAGUGGAUAUGACACAUUCUUGAGAGUCAGUAAAAAUGGUCUGUCCAUUGCUGCUGACACUAUGAUAAAGACUGCUGCCACGGGUCAAACUGUCCUGGCAGAGAAGCUACGUCAUUAUGGCACUGAUGUAACAGACCAUAGACAAGCCAGGCUUCGCAAGGCUAAAUCAUGGUAUGGUGGAAUGAAUUCAACAGACAAUGAUUAUGUGCCAAUUGAUGAAUCUGAAGAAUUUAGUCUCAUAGAAGAGAGAGAAGAGGAAGAGGAGGAGGAGAAUUCAGCCAAUCCUGACCCAGAGAGUGAAAAGCUAAGGGAUGAGUUAAAGGAGUAUCCAGAAGAAACUAAAACUAAAGGAAUGAAAAAAGCUUCCUCCUAUGGCUCAGACAUCAAUAGGUCAGCAACUCUUCCACGUUCACAUGGGAGACCCUCAAACCGUCCAAGAGUCCAUGGCUCAGGCUAUGAUCAUUUUGAGUCAACUACCCUCCCAAGGCAGUAUGAGACCAGAACACAAAGCAGGACUCAAAGGAAGAUUGUCUAGAUCUCUACCAAGCAUCUCAUUUCCCCCUUUCUUAUUACUUUUUAUUACUUUGAACAGCAUGCCAGCUCAAGAGGUCAGCCUAGACGAAGUCAGAGGAUUAGAAAGCCACGUACUCUUCCUGUUGUUCCAAAUGCAUCAUAUGAGUGUUAGUUUAGGACAAGGAUAUGGUGUCCUGUGUAAAAAACCUCUUGCAUGUCAUGUUGGUGUAUAUAUUUUAAUUAAAUGCUUUUUGGGGCUUUGGCAAAAAUUA